CUCAGACCCUGAGAGAGCGCCGGCCACAACAGAUGGUGCAUGGAGUUUCUCUAGCACCUUCCCACCUGCUACACAGCCCUGCAAUAACUACCUCUUUAGCCACUACUGCUAGCAAUCCUUUCACCGGUGGCUUUUCGUUUUUUUAUUAUUAUUAUUAUUAUUAUUAUUAUUAUUAUUGAAGCAUUGCAACCAUUUUAUAGAAAAUAAGGAUUGACAGAAAGAGAGAGAUUAUUUGUUUCUGGUAUAUGUUUUGUCCCUAUGCACUGGAGUUAAAGGGGAAGCUUUGGAUGUUUUUGCCCAGCGGCCGGUGAAUUUGCCCCGUUACCAUGCACACCGUGCAAAAGGACACAACUUUCACCAAGAUUUUCGUGGGGGGUCUCCCGUAUCACACGACGGAUGCCUCCCUCCGGAAAUAUUUCGAGGUUUUCGGGGAUAUCGACGAGGCGGUGGUCAUUACGGACAGGCAGACGGGGAAGUCGAGGGGAUACGGAUUUGUGACCAUGUCGGACCGAGCCGCCGCAGAGCGAGCGUGUAAAGACCCAAACCCCAUUAUCGACGGCCGCAAAGCCAACGUCAACCUCGCGUACUUAGGAGCCAAGCCCAGGAACCUGCAGAGCGCAUUUACUAUAGGAGUCCAGCAGUUACACCCAGCCUUCAUCCAGCGACCAUUCGGGCUGACGCCACAGUAUAUCUACCCGCCGGCCAUCGUCCAGCCCAGCGUGGUCAUCCCGACGCCAAUCCCUUCCCUGCAGUCUCCCUACAUCGACUACAAUGCUGCUACUCAAGCCUUCACCCAUUACACCACUGCGGCCUAUGAACAGUAUCCCUACGCAGCCUCCCCCGCCACCGGGUACAUGGGCUACGGCUAUACCAGCGCAGUCCAGCAGCCGCUCUCUGCUACUACUACUACCGCCACCACCGGAGCUCCUCCCACAGCGUACAUCCAAUACCAGCCUCAACAGCUCCAGCCUGACCGGAUGCAGUAAAACCCACGCGGACCCUAGAUUUCUUGUUGCCCCCCCCCAGCUGUGGAAGGGAGGGAUGUAACAAUAAUAAUACAAACUGGGGGGGGAAAGUGUUGCCAAUAACACAAUAAGAACCUGCUGCAAGUUCUGUGGAUCCCCAAGUUCUCUUCCAGGCAAUAUUGGGGCGGGGCCACUGGCGUUUAGGGCGGGUCAUAUAUUUCUUUGGCAUCCAGAGAAGCGGAUUCCGGGCAAGAGGAGAAGCUCGUUUGCCUCGUCUCUGCAAAAAAAACGAGAACUUUAAUAAAAAAUAUUCAAAAUAAUAAAAAAAAAAAAA